AUGUUCAACAAGCCACCUAAUCAGGCCCUGCAACUGAUCAACCAUCAUCCUAGCCCCAGUAUCCAGCUGUCAGCUCCAACCCUGGCCUCAACACCAGCCCUCAGCCCCAAUCCCAGCCCCAUCAGCCUCCCUAGACCCAGUUCCAGCCUCCGUCCCUGGCUACGGUCCAGGCCUCUACUCAGUGCAGAGGUUAAAGCAGUGCACGCUCCACAACCUCACACCCGGGUGUUCCUUCCUCCCAUGUUCCAAGCACCGGUGAGAGAAAACUGUACGUCCUCGCCCGCUGGCGAGCGCUGUUCUCCUGAAACACAGAGGCUCCUGACUCAAGGUCCUGUGGCGAAGCGCUGGAGGGAUGUCCAGCACUCCCACCCUUCUAGAAGCCUCCACCCUCAGCUCCCCUGCCUCUACCACACCAGCAGGCCCGAAACCUCUCCCCCUCUUCCGUCAAAAACCACCACCCCACAACGGCACACACCUGCACGUCGCCCCAGGCCAACCCUCCCCCACACAGCCCCUCCCCUGUUUGAGCGCCAGCCCUUCAUCGUGAGCUGGAACAUCCCAGAACUGGUGUGUAACCGGUACAAUGUCACCCUUGACAGCUCCCCCUUUAAAGGUGUGGCCACGCCGGCCAAGGUCCCUGGCCAGUUCCUGUCUCUCUUCUACAACGACCGUCUGGGUCUCUACCCCCGCGUGGACCGGGAUGGCGAGCUCCAGUUCUACGGCGGCAUCCCUCAGAGGGGAAACCUGAGGGCCAGUCUGGUCAAGGCCCGUGCUGACAUCAUCUACUACAUACCCUCUAGGAGCAGACGAGGCCUGGCGGUGAUAGACUGGGAGGAGUGGCGCCCCCUGUGGGUGAGGAACUGGGGCUCCAAGCAUAUCUACAAGACUAUGUCAGUGAGCCAUGCCCGCCAGAAAAACCACUCUCUGACUGCCCUCCAGGCAAACAUCCAGGCCAAGAAACAGUUCCAGGCAGCAGCCAGGAGCUACAUGUCAGAGACCUUGUCCCUGGGCAGAAGACUGCGGCCCAACUACCUGUGGGGCUUCUACCUGUUCCCCAACUGCUACAACUAUGGCUGGCUGGAGCCAGGCUACACAGGACGCUGCUCGCGUGAGGUCCGGGCCCAGAACGAUGAGCUGCUCUGGCUGUGGGAGGCCAGCUCAGCCCUCUACCCCUCCGUGUACCUCCAGGCCUCUCUGGGGGACAGUCACAGCGCCGCCUUGCUGGUGAGAAACCGUGUACACGAGGCCCUGAGGGUAUCGGCCCUACCCAAGCACCACACCACCGCUCCCGUAUUUGUCUACACAAGGCCCGUCUUCAUAGACCGGAACCGACAGUUCCUCAGCCAGAGGGAUCUGGUCAGCACCAUUGGGGAGAGUGCAGCAAUAGGGGCUUCUGGAGCAGUCAUGUGGGGAGCCAGUGCUGACUACAAUGACAAGGCCUCAUGUGAGGCCCUCUCUGCUUACCUCAUCACCACGCUAAAUCCCUACAUCGCCAACGUGACGGCCGCCGCCCAGCUCUGCAGCGAAUUCCUGUGCCAGGGGAACGGCCGCUGCGUGCGUCGACACUACAACUCUGACCACUACCUCCACCUCCGCCCCGGAAACUUCCGCAUCCUGCAUUUCCGGGGCCGCUACAGGGCUCUGGGACGACCCUCUGCGGCGGAUCUGAGGUUCUUCACCAGCAGGUUCACCUGCCAAUGUUACGCCGGGCUCACCUGCUCCCCCAAACUGCCCAAACACCUGCCCAAAGCCCUGCUGUACAAGCACAAGCAGGGCCAUGCCACAAAGACCAAAACUGUGAAGAAGAAAGUGACUUCUGACAUGGAGCAAUCCAGCAACAUUAAGGAAAAGGCGAACAAGAAAAAACAAGUCAAGCAAUGA